AUGCUCAUGGGAGAAUUCUACUUGCGUACGUCUCAUCAGCAGCACUCAGGUGGAAGUCAGUUUAAAGUUGAAGUGAGUGAUGAUGCUCAUGCAGUUAUUGGUGAUAGUGGCAUGAUGAACGUGAACCUUGGGCAAUCGAGAACUCCGAGCAAUGCGGGAAGUAGGGAUAGUUCGUUUAAUUUUCCAGGAGAUCAGGGAAAUAGAGAUCCUCAUGAGCAAUUUCCCCCCGAAACAGGGACACCUAUGGAGAAUUCAGAUUCCCAAGGACCUGCUGAGGUAUCCGCGGCGCUUCCUCCUUCGGAAGAACCUCCCGGGGAAGUAGUUCGCGGAGCUUUAUUUCGUUCGUUUCAAGGGGAGCCGCCCUUAGGAGAAGGUGAUAAAUCGCUAGCUCAACCAAUCCAAGAGGAAUUCCCUUUGGAGAAAGAUAGCGAGGGUUUAACCCAUCCGGUAGAGGAGGAUUCGCCCCCAGGGAAAGAUGAGCAUAUAGUAGUUCAAGAGGAACAAUCGCAGGCUAAACCAGUCCAAGAGGAGUCCCCAGGUGAUAAAGAUAGCGGCACUUUAUCCUUUCCAGUCCAAGACGAUUCUCCCCCAGGGAAAGUUCAUCAAACGUUACAUCAACUGGUGCAAGAGGAAGCUACGAGGGACGAAGAUAGUGGAGCUUCUCCCCUUCCGGUCCAAGAAGAUUCUCCACAAGGGAAAUAUCGUCAAUUAUUGGCUCAACCUGUUCAAGAGGAAGCUCCAAGAGAUGAAGAUAGAGUAGCUUUACCUAUUCAGCUCCAAGGGGAUUCUUCAUGUAUUGAAGGCGAUAAAUCAUUACCUGGGCCAGUCCAGGAAGUAUUUCACAGGGACGGAUCAUUGCCGUAUCCAAUUAAAGAGGAAGAUUCCUCAAACACAGCUGAUCUGCUUAAGACAAGCAAAGAAGGGGCCGCUACAACCAAUCAAUCUGUAAAUUCUGCACCUUCCAAACCCGCCAUGUUUAAACGCAAUCCAGCAACGGGCCAAACGUGGCAGACAGAUGUAGGAACUAAUACUCCUAAAAAGGCAAUUUCUCCGACUAGUUCUGUGGGUAAAAACCAAGAUAACAGCAUUUUAGAGAAUGUAAGGGCACAGUCUAAAGAGGGGGUGUUUCCAGAUGGAAAUCACCGAUCAGCUGACGGUGGUCCACUUCACCGUGUCCCUUUGAGCGGAGGAUCCCAUCUGUUUCAUACGAGUCCUCGAAAUCGCGAAGCGCCCCACAGGACAGAGCGUCACUCAAGAGACAAUCCUGAUAUGGGGAGGUCUCAGACUGCAGCGAUCGACAUGGGAGAUGUAGAUUCUCAUUCUGAAAGCGUUCAAGAUGAAAACCCUGACGACGAUAAGGGAGGUCCUGGAGUGUGUAACUGUAGAUUCAUGUAAAUGUUUAAAACAUUUAAAUGUAAAGAGGUGACAACUAUUUUGUAAAACUCUUUAACUCUUCAUGAGUGCCCAAGACAUCAUGGGCCAAGGUUAUUUGGACAAAGUACAAUCCAAACCGCGGUUCUACGCAAGCAUUGGGCCUCACUUAUUCUCUUUAAGAAGGUUGUUUUUAUUUAACCCUUUAAAUCCCAGAAGUGAUUACUCUGUAACUUCUCCUUAUAAUAUCUAUACAUUAUCUAG